UCGGUGAGGCAGCCGGGGCUCCGCGGAGUUGACAGUUUAUGGCACGGCUAGCCUCUGCGCUAGUUUCGGUUAGCCGCGCCGACUGUAGGCGAGCGGCUUCACCCGAUACGACCUCCCCGUAUGAGUGUGUGUAUGUGUGUCCACCUAUGGACAUCCCGGGUGAUGGGUCGGUGCUGGACGUGAUGCUCUUCGACAGACGACGCUUGGUUGAAAGGAAAAUCGCAACUUUACAUCUUUACCUCUAAGGUUGCUUGACAGACAAGUUUUACUUAUGUUUACUUGAGAAAUGGCAGAGAAAGACAAGUUUAAUGCACGUGACUGCUGAGCCAUAGGAAUUGAAACAAAGCGCAGGUAGAAGAAAGAGCGCACUGAGGGUAGUUUAAAGAUUUAGCUUGAUAAUAAAAGACAGCGUCAGCUGUUUGUGUCAUAUCAUGUCUCAGUUUUUAUUCUACACAUUCACAAAUUUAUAGCCAGAGGAGUUGAUCAUUUUGUGCUUGUGUCACUGGAAACAUUUAUUUGUUGUACCUUUUCUUUCACAUGCCGUGUGGAAGACAUCUAGUUUGCUUAAAUGGAGAAUUUCAGCGUCAAAAGGGCAAAUUGUAGAGGCCGCCAUUACCUCAGCAUCAACUGCAAAAUAGCCUAGCCUAGCUCAGCUCAGCUCAGCUUAGCUCAGCCCUGCUGGCCAGUCCGUGACUCCUCCUUCCCCUUCCCUCUUCUCCUGCAUUCCACAUAGUGCCCCUACCCACCCCCUGUCUCUUUCAAGUGAGCUGUAAUGGCAUCGGUGCGCUUCACCGUGACGCCCACUAAGGCGGAGGACCUCCCAGGGGGGUCAGACUUGUCGCCUGACAUCAGCCUGCGCUCCGGUUCCCGUGUGCGCUUCGAGUCAGACAGCGCCAACCGAAGUGACCCACUCAGCGAAGUUUCGGGAGGUGUGACGUCGACUUCUGCAGGAGGAGGGACUGACACCCCGGAUCACAGCAGCAUAGACCAAGGUGAGGGAAAUUCGAAAACCUCCAGUGUGUACAUCAACAGCAAUCAUCAGGUGGACGAUGACGACUUCUACGACAAAAACCUGGCCUUGUUUGAGGAGGAGAUGGACACUCGGCCGAAGGUGUCCUCUCUCCUCAGCCGCCUGGUCAACUACACCAACCUGACUCAGGGGGCCAAAGAGCACGAGGAGGCCGAGAGCAUCGGAGAGAAAAAGAAACCCAGCAAGUCGCCACAGAUGGGGACGCUGAUGGGCGUGUACCUGCCUUGUCUGCAGAACAUCUUCGGCGUCAUCUUGUUCCUGCGGUUGACCUGGGUGGUGGGAACUGCUGGCGUGCUGCAGGCCUUCUGUAUUGUUCUUAUGUGCUGUUGCUGUACAAUGUUGACCGCCAUAUCAAUGAGCGCAAUCGCAACCAAUGGAGUCGUACCAGCGGGAGGUUCCUACUUCAUGAUCAGCCGCUCUUUGGGUCCAGAGUUUGGGGGGGCGGUAGGCCUGUGCUUCUACUUGGGCACUACCUUCGCUGGAGCCAUGUACAUCCUGGGAGCUGUCGAGAUCCUUCUGGUGUACAUUGCACCCGGAGCAGCUAUCUUUGAAGGUGAAGGAGCAGCCAUGUUGAACAACAUGAGAAUAUACGGCUCCAUCUUUCUCCUCUUCAUGGCCUUGCUGGUUUUCGUGGGGGUCAAGUACGUGAACAAACUGGCCUCCGUCUUCUUGGCCUGCGUCAUCAUCUCCAUUUUAUCCAUCUAUGUCGGAGCGCUGGUUUCUGCCUUCAGCGUGCCGGAUUUUCCCGUAUGCAUGCUGGGAAACAGAACUAUCAACGCCCAUGAUGUUGUUGACAACCACUGUAGUAAAACUGUCCUGGUUAAAGUUGCAGCUGAGAAAUUAGACAGCAACUUCACGAUUAACGAAAACAGCACAGUGGGCCCCACCUUUGACCCCACCAGCCAUGUCCCAGAGGUGAUGGUGGAGAAAACCACGCGUCUUUGGAAGUUAUUUUGCCAUAACUCACAGCUCAACGCCACCUGUGACGAAUACUUCACUUCAAACAACUUCUCUGAGAUUAAAGGGAUCCCCGGACUGACUAGUGGGGCCAUAUCAGAGAACCUGUGGGGUACAUACCUCCAUAAAGGGGAUGUUUUGGAGAAAAGAUCCCUCCACGCCUCUCAAGCUGCACACCCAGCCUCUGAUCGCUAUCCGUACGUGUUUGCUGACAUCACCACCUCCUUCACAGUGCUCGUGGGCAUCUUCUUCCCCUCAGUCACAGGAAUCAUGGCCGGCUCCAACCGGUCGGGGGAUUUAAAAGAUGCUCAGCGCUCCAUCCCCAUCGGAACCAUCCUUGCCAUCCUCACCACCUCUUUAGUCUAUCUGAGCAAUGUCGUGUUGUUUGGAGCCUGCAUCGAGGGGGUGGUCCUCAGAGACAAGUUUGGACAUUCAGUUAAAGGCAAUCUGGUGGUGGGAACUUUGGCUUGGCCCUCGCCGUGGGUCAUUGUGAUCGGGUCCUUCUUCUCCACAUGUGGCGCGGGCCUCCAGUCUUUGACCGGCGCUCCACGACUCCUGCAGGCCAUCGCCAAAGACAACAUCAUCCCCUUCCUCCGGGUGUUUGGCCACGGGAAAGCUAACGGGGAACCUACGUGGGCCCUGCUGCUGACAGCUCUGAUAGCUGAGCUGGGGAUUCUCAUCGCAUCUCUGGACAUGGUGGCUCCUAUUCUGACAAUGUUCUUCCUCAUGUGCUACUUGUUUGUAAACCUGGCCUGUGCCCUCCAGACCCUCCUGAGGACACCCAACUGGAGGCCUCGCUUCUCAUACUACCACUGGAGCUUGUCCUUUCUGGGGAUGACUUUCUGCCUGGCGCUCAUGUUCAUAUCCUCUUGGUACUACGCAAUCGUUGCCAUGGUGAUCGCCGGGAUGAUCUACAAGUACAUUGAGUAUCAAGGGGCAGAGAAGGAGUGGGGAGAUGGGAUCCGUGGUCUGUCACUCAGCGCUGCCCGUUAUGCUCUGCUGAGGCUGGAAGAAGGACCACCGCAUACUAAAAACUGGAGGCCUCAGCUGUUGGUGUUAUUAAAACUGGACGAAGACGCCCACGUCAAGUCUCCUCGGCUCCUGACGUUUGCCAGCCAGCUAAAGGCAGGAAAAGGCCUGACCAUUGUUGGUACUGUUGUCCCCGGGAACUACCUGCAGAGCUAUGGAGAGGCGCUCGCUGCUGAGCAGACUCUGAAGCACCUGAUGGAUAAGGAGCGCGUGAAGGGCUUCUGCCAGUGCAUCGUGGCUCAAAAGCCACGUGAUGGGAUCAGCCACAUGAUCCAGUCGAGUGGCCUGGGAGGAAUGAAACCCAACACUGUGGUGAUGGGCUGGCCUCACGCCUGGAGGCAAAGCGAGGACCCACAGUCCUGGAAGACCUUCAUCAACACGGUGCGGGUGACCACAGCGGCCCACCUUGCGCUUCUGGUGCCCAAAAACAUCUCCUUGUUCCCUAGCAACUCCGAGCCCUGCACAGAGGGCUACAUCGAUGUGUGGUGGAUCGUCCAUGACGGCGGGAUGCUGAUGCUUCUGCCUUUCCUCCUGCGACAACACAAGGUGUGGCGCAAGUGUUCAAUGCGCAUCUUCACAGUGGCCCAGAUGGAGGAUAAUUCCAUACAGAUGAAGAAGGAUUUGUUAACCUUCACCUAUCAGCUACGCAUCGAUGCUGAGGUGGAAGUAGUGGAGAUGCACGACAGUGACAUCAGCGCAUAUACCUAUGAGAGGACGCUGAUGAUGGAGCAGAGGUGUCAGAUGCUCAGACAGAUGCGACUGUCUAAAUCUGAUCGGGACAGAGAGGCGUAUCUUUCCCCCAGGUACAAAAGUCCUGGACCCUUCACGCCAAACACCUCCAGAGGAGACAGAGACAGACAGGCCCAGCUGGUGAAGGAUCGUAACUCCAUGCUGCGUCUGACGAGCAUCGGCUCAGACGACGAAGAUGACACAGACGGCGGCGAGCGAGACCGGGCGGGGAGCGGCGGCGGCAGCUCUGAGCACCACCGCCGCAUACAGAUGACCUGGACCAAAGAGAAGACCACACAGUAUAGAGCGACGCACUCGGGCUGCUCCACCCCCGAGGGCUUCAGGGACAUGCUGAGCAUCAGGCCGGACCACUCCAACGUCAGGCGAAUGCACACCGCCGUCAAACUCAACGAGGUCAUUGUCAACAGAUCCCACGACGCCCGGGUCGUCCUGCUCAACAUGCCUGGACCCCCCAAGAACACCGAAGGAGAUGAGAACUACAUGGAGUUCCUGGAGGUCCUGACAGAGGGAUUGGAGCGUGUUCUGUUGGUGAGAGGCGGAGGAAGUGAAGUCAUCACCAUCUACUCCUGAUUGGACAAACACAGGAAGCCAGCAUCAAGCAAAGCAGCCAGUCGUGCAGGAGAGAGCAGAGUGAAGACGGUGGGAUCUGGGGAACCUGAAAAAGAGCGAGCCGGUGACUGUCGAUUGUCACACUUCCCUGUCGUGGCGCUGGUUUCCAUCCCACAUGCUGUCAAAGCUACAAAAAUGCCAACACGAUUCCAACAAGGAGCAGAAACACAAAAAUAAUAACGAGCUGUGUGUGUGUGUGUGUGUGUGUGUGUGUGUGUGUGUGUGUGUGUGUUUGUUUAUGUUUGAGUCACCCACCCGAGGGUCCUCUGACUCGAUGAGGAAGGGAGCACAGUUGUGUUAGGAGCGAUUGCGUUUGGAGGGGCGGACCACAGGCUAACGGUGAGAGGCUGCGGAGCGGCCAACCCGCUGAUGAGACUCAGGGUUGCUUUUUGUACAGAAUGUAAUUUGGAAGCAGACAGCAGUUUUCCGAGUUCAUCCUGAAUGUCAGAAUCAAGUAUAGUUUUGUUUUUGUUGCUUCUCACAAACAUAUGUUUACUGUUACCAGCGUAUCGGUACUCUUUAUUUUCAUGUCCAGGAGUAUUUGCACACAACUGACGAGAAUCUGCUUUAUUAAGACGCACUGACAAGGAUUUAUUUUUUGAUUUUCGCUGCUACUACUUAGAAUUUAGUCACAACAAUCUUUAUCGUAAAAAUGUUGGGUGUUUAAAAUUCAGACAUCUUACCUCAAAAAUGAAUUUAUUCAUAUCAGAUGAAUAUUUUAAUAAAAACAGCAUAUUAGGACAAAAUUUCAGGCUAUAAAUAUAAAAUUUAAAUAGAUAAGAAGUAGAAAUUCUAAUAAGGUCUAUUUAUUAUAUUGGCAUUCAACAGCACUAUGUUGUGUAAAAAUCUGAUAACACCUGAUUUUUAUUAAAUUUUUAAAAAUCAAAUAAAAAUUCAAAGGUACUUUUUGUAAAUUUCUGUAUUUUAGAAAUAGUUUGAAACAUCAAAAAUGAACUAAAGUGACAGCCAUGCAGGCCUAGAGAUUGGUCAGUGACAACCUCCCAUUCCCCAACUGGUUGGCCAGUGGUUGCUGGCAAAGUGCGACACAAACUGGAAACUGGGACUGUUCACUUCCAAAACGUUUAUUUCUUUACCGCUGCUACACAUUUCUAAAUGCUCAGCUUUUACUUUGAAGGUGAACAGUCUCCGUUUCCUGUUUGUGUUGCAGGGUCAGUGUAACCUUUAUUUAUUAAUUAUUACUAUUAUUAUUAUUAUUUACGGUGGCGCCAGGCCAAAGGCAAUGCACAUUGAGGAAAGGGGGGUGGGACUAAAAAUAAAAGCAGCACCUACCUGCAAACAUCCCACUGGUGAAGUGCUGCCCCCUGGUGGUAAGUUUUAGCUCAUUUUUGCAGAGGGUAAUUAAAAGAAUUUCCCCUUCAGAACUUCCAUAAUUGGAAGAAAACCUGUCAGAACUCAGUUUAAAAUCACAAGGUUUAUUCCAGAAACCCAUCGAACCUUGCUGAUGCAGCAGUGUCCACUUCUUCUUCUUUUUUCCUUUUUUUUUUGUAAUUGCUUAAAGAGGAUUUCGGUCUUUAUGCACCACAUUCACAGCUGUGGAUGUGACACCAAAAUGAAACCAGUGCAAAGGAAAUGGUCAGAGGUUUUCUCUCUGCUCUCUCUGGUUUUCUCUCAGGCCCACGCUGGACUGCACCUGAAUAGUUAGUAAGUUAUUAGACGUUAGCGUAGAGUUGGGUUUAGAGACUGGGAGGGGGGACAGUUUGUGGUUGUUGCCAUAACAACCUUGUAAAGGGAAACAGUAUUGUGGAGACACUGGACCAUCGUGGAGAGGACCACCACACUGCAUGUGUGUACAUUUUUUAUGUGUGACUGAAGCCCAUUUGUUCGGCUGCAUUGUGUA